AUGACGUCCGGUGAUGAACCCUCUACAGCACACCGCACCAUGAGCACAGGUACGCCUUUAAUUGGCAGUAUCGAGCCAUUUGAUGAGUCUAUAUCAGAAUGGACGACGUACGAGCAGCGAGUUUCAUCGUAUUUGGCAGUAAAUUCAAUACCUAAGGAACUGGAGGUCCAUGCUUUCAUCACUCUCAUAGGACCAAAAACUUAUCGUCUCUUAACCGACCUUGUUGCACCGUCAAAGCCUACUGCAAAGACUAUAGACGAAUUAAAGCAGGCGCUCAGAGCACAUCUAUCACCAAAGCCCUCCGUCAUUGCGGAACGAGCGAAAUUCCACGUAAGAAAGCAAAAAGAUUCCGAGACUAUUGCAGAUUUUGUUGCUGCUCUCAAGCAUCUGGCACAAACCUGCAAAUUCGGUACAAACCUAGACGAAACCAUGAGAGACCGAUUCGUAACCGGACUCCAGCGAAUGGAUAUACAAAAGUGUCUUUUUGCUGAAGACGAAACUCUGACAUUUAAAAGAGCUGUAGAAAAAGCGCUCUCACUGGAGCAAGCGAGUAAGAAUGCUUCUAGCUGCCAUGAAGAUCAUAACUUAACAGCAGAAGUACAAAGACUCCAAGUAACUCGCCGAAAGACUGAGCCACCCCAGCAAAAACCCCAGCGCACAUUGUGCUACCGCUGUAAAGCAACCGCACAUAUCAGCAAAGACUGUCCGUUCAGCAGUGCGAAAUGUUUUCGAUGCGGGAAGAAAUGUCACAUUCAACGAGCGUGCUUAUCAAAACGAACUGUGAAAGGCAUGCAAGCAAGAGGCACGGCGAAAUCUUUCCGAAAUCUGAGCAUAACGAGUAGCGACUGUUCGCCGAUUCAAUUGAACAGCUUGGAAGGCAGCAUUGCUCCCAUAUGUUUUGAAGUUGACAUUGAAGGCCAAAAGGUGAACAUGGAGCACGACACCGGCGCUGCGGUGUCAGUCAUUUCGGAAGAAAACUAUCUGCGAAUGUUUUCUCAUGUCAGCCUAAAUUGUACAAAUGUCGUUCUGCGCACGUACACGGGCGAAAUGUUGAAGCCGUUGGGAGUACUGGAAGUGACAGUGGUGUACAGAGAUCAACGUUACAGUCUUCCUCUGCAUGUCAUCCGUGACCAUGGUCCAUCUCUGAUUGGGCGCGAUUGGCUACAGCAUAUCAAAUUUGACUGGACUAGCGUGCAUAAACUUGACGCAUCAAGAGCGCAGGAAAACAAGAAUUGUUCUAGAGCCAUAUCGGAACUGUGUUCAAAGUACUCUAGCUUAUUCAAAGGCGACCUGGGCCACAUAAAGGGAGAAGUUGUAAAGCUGCACUUGAAAGAAAAUGCUCAACCAUGUUUUUUGAAGGCGCGCCCAGUAGCGUUCGCGCUAAAGCCAAGGGUAGAAAAGGAAUUGAAAGACAUGGAAGCAAUGGGAAUUAUUACUCCUAUUGAAACGUCGGAAUUUGCGACACCCGUGGUGCAUGUCGUUAAAAGAAAUGGACAGAUACGAUUGUGUGGUGAUUACAAGGUCACGAUCAACCCAAUCUUAGACAGUGUUCAAUACCCACUACCACGAAUCGAUGAUCUGGUAGCCGACCUGGGUGGUGGAAAAAACUUUUCGCGCAUCGAUGUCAGUCGCGCAUUUCAACAACUCGAAGUGGAUAACGACUCUAAGAAAUAUUUGGCCAUCAACACUCACUUAGGCUUGUACGCCGUGAACCGCCUACCAUCCGGGAUAACUCCAGCGCCCAUGAUUUUCCAGAAAGUUAUGGACUCAAUGCUGAAAAAGUUACCUGGUGUUACGUGCUACCUAGACGAUAUUCUAGUCACUGGCAAGACAGACGAAGAUCACCUGCGCAACUUGGACGCAGUUCUAAAGACUCUGCUGGAAAAGGGUGUUAGAGUACAACGCGACAAAUGUGACUUUUUUAAACCAAGACUGGAAUAUUUGGGACACUUAAUUGAUUCUGAGAGCAUCAGGCCAACGCAAGAAAAAGUCAAGGCUUUUUUGUGUGCGCCCGCCCCAAAAGAUAAGCGACAACUAAAGUCAUUUCUUGGAAUGAUAAAUUAUUAUGGAAAGUUCCUUCCGAACUUAUCGUCUGUGUUGCAUCCGCUGAACAACCUUCUGUGUAAGGACAAACCGUGGAUUUGGGACUCAAAAUGCCAAAAUGCGUACGAAGAGGUGAAGGACAUGCUUGCUUCGACUGCAGUAUUAACACACUAUGACCCAGCAAAGCCGAUUCAGCUUGGAUGUGAUGCCUCCCCGUAUGGUGUAGGUGCCGUUCUAUCGCACAUAGGACCAGACGGCAUUAGACCCAUUGCAUACGCGUCAAGGACGUUGUCAAGUGCCGAAAGGAACUAUAGUCAGCUCGAAAAAGAAGGUUUGGCAUUAGUAUUCGCCGUCAAGAAAUUUCAUGCGUACAUAUACGGCCGGCAUUUUCAACUUCUGACGGAUCACAAGCCACUUCAGUUUAUUUUCGGGCCAAAACGAGGAAUACCAACCAUCGCCGCUGCACGCCUGCAGCGAUGGGCGGUUUUGUUAUCUGCUUACGAUUUUUCACUUGAACACCGUUCGUCAGAAGAUAACGCUGAACCCGACUGCUUAUCGAGGCUACCACUGCCGAGCACAGAAGGCGAACAGCAUGACGAUGUCGGUUCUUUUUUCCAUCUCCGGAUGGACACGCUUCCUGUAACCUGCAAAGACAUCGCCAAAGAAACAAAAAGAAAUCCCGUGUUAUCAACCGUGAUGGCGUACACACUCCACGGAUGGCCUGCGCAUGUCACAGAUAAGGAGUUAAAACCUUUCUUUCAACGUCGCCGCGAGCUGUCCGUGCAGCAGAAAUGUCUUCUUUGGGGACUACGUGUCAUUGUUCCACCAACACUGAGGAGGAAAAUGCUUGACGAACUACAUAAUUCCCACCCAGGAAUCGUGCGAAUGAAAGAAUUGGGACGCAGUUACAUCUGGUGGCCAUCGAUUGAUGUCGACAUAGAAGAGACUGCAAGAAUCUGCAAUCAGUGUCAGCAGCAACGCAACAAUCCAUGUUCAGCGCCAGUGCAUCCCUGGGUAUGGCCAACGAAGCCGUGGCAAAGAGUGCACAUUGAUUUUAUGGGACCGUUCAUGAACAAAAUGUUUCUCAUUUUAGUUGACGCGCAUUCCAAGUGGCCGGAGGUGUGGGAGAUGUCUUCCACGACGUCUUCAGCGACAAUUCAGAAAUUGCGGGAAGCCUUCAGCAGGUAUGGAUUGCCAGAGACUAUCGUAUCAGAUAAUGGUACACAAUUUACCUCAGAAGAAUUCAAAAGUUUUGUGCGCGCUAACGGAAUUCGCCACGUGCUAACCGCGCCGUAUCAUCCUUCGACAAAUGGCAUCGCAGAACGAUUUGUUCAGUCCCUGAAGCAAGGGCUUAAGAAAAACAACGUUCAUCCUCUACAUCUGCGAUUGUACAAUUUCCUGAUGACUUACCGCAACACGCAACAUGCCACUACAAGGGAAUGUCCGGCAACACUCAUGAUGGGUAGGCGUCUACGAUCCAGAUUGGAUCUUGUAAGGCCAUCGCUGCACUUCGAAGUCCAACAUCGACAGUUCAAGGGUGCCAUCAACAGACGUGCUCGCGCAAGAACAUUCAACGUUGGAGAUACAGCGCUUGUGCGAAAUUACCGGGGCCACCCUAAGUGGUUAAGAGGUGUGAUUGUUGGACAGUCGGGGCCAGUGUCUUUUCAGGUGAAGGUAUCAACCCGGACGGGAGUUCAUGUCUGGAGAAGACAUCAGGACCAGCUUCUGACCUCUGGGUAUCAUGACCAAGUUCAGCACCAAGGAUCAUCAGCAAACGGCCUGUGGUGGGACUCUACUGGAAGUUCCGAACCUGGCACAUGCAACGCGCCUAUCGAAAGACAGGCUGCGGUCGCCACGCGACGAUAUCCUCAGCGUCAAAGACGUCCACCCGAUUUCUAUCGUCCGAACAUGAAUUGCUGCAACUUUUUUAGUAUUAACUCAUUAAGUGACUGA